CGAGGCCAAUAAGUGAGCGCCAAUCGUCGAGCAAGCUUUGAUAGUCAUAGUACAACUGGAUCAUACCUAAAUCGUACAAGAUUCGGAGUAUGAGUCGUUUCAAAAGUUUCAUCCUAUUGGCCUUCUUGGCUAUAUUAUCAUCGUCAUCAUUAUCAUUAUCCGUUAAAGCUACAGCGCUUUUCGGUGCUCCACCAUGUCCUGAUCCUUAUGGUGUUCACGCGUAUGCUCAUCCGGAGGAUUGCAACAGUUUCUUUUUGUGUACCAAUGGCACGUUAACGCUGGAACAUUGUGAAAAUGGUCUCCUUUUUGACGGACAUGGAUCUGUAUAUAAUCACUGCAAUUAUUAUUGGGCUGUUAAUUGUGGACACCGCAAACAUGAUCUGACACCUCUGAGUUCACCCGGUUGCGAAUAUCAAUUCGGACUCUACCCAGAUAGCGACACCUGUAGCACUUCUUAUAUUAAAUGCGUACAUGGACAACCCCUUGAAGAACAUUGUGAUGCUGGAUUAGCAUUCGACCCGAAAACGCACACAUGUGUCUGGCCCGAUCAACUUUUACCUUAUUGCAAUCCGGAAGCUAUUGUUGGUUUCAAGUGUCCCCACAAAGUACCAGCACGUAGUGCGGCAGCUAAAUUUUGGCCAUUUCCAAGAUUCCCAGUACCCGGUGACUGCGGCAGAUUGAUAACUUGCGUCGAAGGUCAUCCACGUCUUUUGACUUGCGGCGAUGGAAAAUUAUUUGACUCUGUGAGUUUGAGUUGCCUCGAUCCUGAUGAACUACCACACUGUGCUAAUAGCCUAUAAAUUGGUGAGUGCACUAUGUACAGGCGUAAUGGAAUUUAAAUGUGACAACCACGAAGAAUGAUAACCACCAAGUCUUGCAAUAAUAAUUACAUCUAAUGAAAAAGAA